AUGAAUGCAACAAACCAUCACAUAUCUGACAAAGUCAGAAUGUUAAAAAGAAGUUUAAAGGUGUGGAAUUACAAUGAGUUUGGCAAUAUAGACGGCAACAUCAAGAAACUGGAAAACUCGAUACAACACUUUGAUGACUUGAGCAAUGAGAGAGAUCUUGAUUCUCAAGAACUAGAACUUCGAAAACAGGCUCAAACUGAUUUGUGGCAGUGGAUAAAAAGAAAAGAGUUGUACAGGGCUCAAAACUCCCAAACCCGAUGGCUCAAAGAAGGCAACCGCAACACAAAAUUCUUUCACGAUGUGGCCUCCAAUAAGAGGCGAAAAAACACAAUUGGCAGCAUUGACACUGAUGGUGAAACGAUGAAUGAUCCCUCUCGAAUAAAAUCUGAAGCAGUUAAUUUCUUCAAGAAUAUUUUCAGAGACAAUUUUGCAAGCAGACCAGUAUUCGAAGAUCUUCAGUUCAAUCAACUGUCACACGAGCAAGCAACAUCCCUUACUCAACCAUUCUCUAAUGAAGAGAUUGAUGCUGCAGUGGCAUCUUGUGACUCAAACAAGGCUCCGAGGCCUGACGGUUUCAAGUUCGUCAAAAGUGCAUGCGACAUCAUCAAGGAAGAUAUGUACAAGAUUGUUCACGAAUUCUAG